UAUCGGAGACACUAGAGGUGUCACACCGAGACCGACUACUAUACAGAAUAUAACGACUCCGCAGUGUGAUCAUUGUCCAAAAAAGACCGAACACCCCACCACACAUCGUACCACUGUGCUACCCACUGAUCAUACCACACAUCGUACCACUGUGCUACCCACUGAUCAUACCACACAUCGUACCACUGUGCUACACACUGAUCAUACCACACAUCGUACCACUGUGCUACCCACCGAUCAUACCGCACAUCGUACCACUGUGCUACCCACCGAUCAUACCACACAUCGUACCACUGUGCUACCCACCGAUCAUACCGCACAUCGUACCACUGUGCUACCCACCGAUCAUACCACACAGGAACCUUCUUCCGCCACCUCUCCCACAGGAUAUGUCUUAGUUGGCAUAUCAGGAGUCUGUCUCAGAAUAAAGGCAACUUUUAAGUUAAUUCUGAACUCCACCAAAAUGACAAAUAUGACGAUCCCAUCACCUCCAAUCACAGAGGCCAUUGCGAUUUGUGAUGACGGCAUAGCAGAGCUGAUAUUAGCAUUUCCAGAAGGAGAUCUUAGCCUGGUGUUCAUAGAGAACAAGAAGAACAACUCUUUUCACCUGGGGGCCAUUGAAGUGUGGAUGAUAGAUGAAGAGGGGCCCUUCAUAUUCGCCUAUGAGUCAAUAGAAGCCUUGGUUACCCCACUUGGACAUUCAAUAACCCGCAAAGAAGUGAUGUUUAGGGUUAGUCCCAUAGUGAGCGUCGUGCUCAUGGAUUUCAAGGCUCAGGGCUUUGAACUGGAUCGGGACAAUAUCAGAAGAGAUGAUGAAUCCACAUUUAUUAUCUAUGAUAGCCGUGCAGCAAUUUAUCAGGCGAUAAGUAUUUCCAGCAGGCACUGGAGUGUGACCAUUCUUGCCCCAUCAAUCUAUACUGUUGUGUUCCUUGUGGCUCUUCCUCUCAAUAUCAUGGCGAUCGUCGUAUUCCUGAUGAAGGUGAAGGUCAAGACGCCAACUACGGUCUACAUGCUGAACCUCGCUGCCGCAGACGUCCUCCUCAUUAGCACACUGCCUUUUUAUAUUGUCUACAGAUUCUUGAGAUCUAACUGGAUCUUCGGGGAAGGAAUGUGUCGCUUUGUUACAACUGCAUUUUACUGUAACAUGUACUGCUCCGUCCUGCUCAUGACAAGUAUCAGCGUCGACCGUUUCCUGGCCGUAGUCUUCCCAAUGCGGUCCGUAUCCUGGCGCAAAGUUUCCCGAGCCUGGGUGGCGUGCGGUGUCAUCUGGGUCAUCUCAUUGGCCAGCACCGUGCCUCUUCUCAUAAGAGAACAAACCAUGGUAUUUCCUAUGCUAAAUAACACAAUGUGCCAUGAUAUUCAGCAUUUUGGGGUUUAUUUUUUUUUCAAUUUUCAGUAUUUCCGCACUGUUUUCUCACUUUUUAAUUUCUUACCGUUAUUCAUUACAACUUUUUGUUAUGUUGGAAUUAUCUGCAGUCUCAGCAGAUCCAAAUUUGAUCGCACCCAUAAGAGAUCCCGGGCUAUCCGUCUAUCCGUGGUUGUUCUGUGUGUGUUUGUCCUUUGCUUUGGCCCCACCAAUGUCAUCUAUUUAAUUCACUACAAGCAGGUGAUUGAUAAUUAUGAUUUCUCUCUGUAUAUUGCCUAUAUCCUCUCUUCCAGUUUUAGCAGUAUAAAUUGUUGUCUGGAUCCUCUUAUCUAUUAUUUUGCUUCCUCUGAGUGUCAGAAAUACGUCUACAGCUUGCUGCGCUGGAAGAAAGGUUAUCCCUCAAGAGCAGAAGAAAAGUGGACCCCUGUACACAAAGAGCAGUCACUGGAGAGAACAUAUUUUGUUCAGUUUGCUAAGAGUGGAAUCGUUAUUUAACCACUUCAACGACCGCCGCAUUUACAUAUACGUCCACAGAAUGGCAUGUACAGG